GUAUCUGCCACAGACAUUAAUAUGGACUUCUCACCCUACAAAAGCUUAACUACUGAAGAGCAGAAUCCAGUAACCUCUUUGCCACAUUUAGAAGUCACUGAUGCGUUUAUUGGUACGCCUAUAUCCAAAUCUAGAAGAGUGUCAAGGUUACUUGAUUUUUGUAGCCAUAAAAGCAGGGCAUCUAUCAUUUUCAGAUGGAGGUUACUAAUGGCAGGUAUAAUUUAAGUGCAUUAUAUACAUCUGUUACAACUUUUAUUUCAUUGCUGAAGUUGUCUACUUAUUUAACAUUAAUAUAAUAACUGAAAAUGUUUUCUUUACAGAGGGCAAAAGCUUUGGCUGCAAGCUCAGUUUCUUCUGUUUUUACGGGGCAUACACCUCAAUCUAUUUUGAGGUCCAGUGCUCGAACUACCCCUCUGGCUUCUCCUUCAGUUUCUCCUGGAAGAUCAAUUACGCCUCCUUUACGACCUAGAGAGGCUAAAAUCUCUUUUAUGGAACAGAUCGAUAACAAAUAUAUCAAAGGGGUUUUAACACCUGACAAGGAUCUGCCAGCAUCCUCCCCACUAACAAAAUCUGCUCAGGAUACCAUUUGGACAGAAAGGAUGACAUUGUCUAUAAGUAACACCUCUACUAAAGAUCUUGAUGAGAUGGAUGAGUCUUCAUCUGGUAUUCAGGAUGGGAGUCCUAGCAAGAUGGAAGCCAGUAGGGAAGCAAGUAAUAUAUCUGCAAGGUCAGAUCAAACAACACUAGAGUAUCAUGAUGCUCCAACACCUGAAGAUAUGGAAGAUGAUGUAGUUACUGUAACAGCUAAGUCAGAGCUUCUUAUAUUUAAAGACUCAUUGCCUUCUGAAGUGGGCACCAUAGCAGCACCAGAAAUCCGUGUUACAGAGGUUCAAGAACUGCAAGAUAAAGAUACAGUAGAUGCAAAUACUGACCAUAUUUCACUAUCUGAAAAUGACACGGAAACAUUACACCAGUUAACUGCAGUGCAGGAAAUCGUUACUCAAGUUAAGUGUGCUUCGGAGGAGGUAGAAGAUAAUGCACAGACAGUUGGUAUGGAUCCAGAAUCCGUUUCUUCCACCCAGGACUCUGCAUCUGUUAUUAGUAUUCAUGACAGUGAAGAUGUUGCAAGUGCACAUUCAGAACAUCUAAAUGAAGAAAAUGAAGUGGUGGAACUCAAUGGAGAAGUUGAAUUACACGUUUUAGAAGACAAAAGUCUAGUGACUGAGGAAUACCCUGUGGCUAGGUCCCCACUUUCUUGCUGCUUGGAAGAAGAGGAUAAGGAUUUAAAGGAAAAAGAGGCAUCUGAAUCUGAACUCAUGACAAGCUGCCAUCAGUUGCAUCCAGCUAUUGAAUUCCAGGUGUAUUCAAAUGCUGAAUUUAUUGAAGAGCACUACACAUGUGAACAUUCUGAUGAUAGAAAUUCUUUGGAAACUGAUGAUGCUGAAGUGGAGAAUGCUCUAGCUGCUAGUAAUUUUACAUUAAUCCUUGAGGAAGAAGGUGAAGGGGGAGAGCAUGAAGCUGCGGAAGGUGAAGCAGGAGAAAAUGAAGCUGCGGAGACUGAAGUGCUUGAAUCCAAUCAUUCUUCAGACAAAGAACUGAAAACCCUUUCAAAGAUGUCAUUCACAAUGACUGAGGAAUAUGCUGGCCAAGAGAUUAAAAUUACUGACACAUGCCCUGCAAAUGCAUUCACGCUUGUAGAUGGUGAACAUGAGACAAAGAUUAUGGAAACCUUGCCUUAUGUGCCAGAGCCAAUUAAGGUAGCUGUAGAAGAAAACUUACUUGAUGUAUUUAAAGGUAAUAGUGGCAAAGAUUUUACUUCUGAAGUGGAUCACGAAUCAGCCCACGAAAAUGAGUCUCUAAAGAAGCGCAGAAGUGUCCGCACUGCUAGAACGCCUGCAAAAAAAAAGGAAACAAAAUCAGAAGAUAUGGGAGCCGAGAGCGUCAUCCAAGCGGUAACACCACAAAAAAGAUCAGAUGUUGCAGGGCUCAGAGAAUCUCUAGAAACCUCACCAAAGGAAGACUUGUCUGCGGUUGCUAACCCUCAAACCCCGCGGAGAACUGUAAGGAAAUCGGCAAGAACUGAAAGUAAAAGUGCUGAACUUGAGGUUCAGCAUCCAGUAACUCCCAGAAGAGGGAGAAAAGCCAAAGAAAAUGAAGAAAAGCUGACACUAGCCACUUCACAGGAGGAACAACCAUCCUCACAAAUUUUCAGAAGGAAAAGAAGCCAAGUACCUGAAAAAACUCAAAGUACUGAAGUGGGAUUAACAAGUGUAGACGAAGUCACAGUACAACUGCCACUCUCUCCAGCUAGAACUCGUAGAAGUAAAGCUCCCAUUUCAGAUGAAGUGAACAAAGGAAAUGAAGACUUGCUGGAUCCAAAGGUUGGUGUUCUAACACCUCCAAGGAUUACAAGAUCUUCUAAAAUCAUACAGGAAGCUGAAACAGAACUAUUGACUAAAACUUCUGAAACUGAUCAAGUUACUACACCUACGAGAGGCCGGAGGGGAAAGCGUGCUGUAAAUGAGUUGGUCAAGCAUUUUGAGCUUAAUGCUAUUCAAACAAAUUCUAGUCCACCCGUUUCUCCAAAAAGGGUCUCCUUAAGAUGGUCAAGGAUAAAAUCAGAAAAUCAGAUAGAUCAUCAAGCAGCUGAGCAAGAAAAUACACAGUCACAAGAGCAAAUUGUAGACACACCUAGGAAAAGGACAAAAAAGUCUAAUGUUGGCAAACUUGCAGAGGAAUCCACAGAGAUUUCUAAAAAACCUCUCUUGUUAGAACAAGCUGAUGAGCUUGCAUUGACCAAAGGAACAAAGAAAGGGAACUUGUCUGUCAGACAGACUAGAAAACGUGCUCUUCCUUCAGUGUCAGAGGAAAGUGUGGAGGAAAGACUGAAUGUUUUGCAUCCAGUUGACAGUCAACACACGGCACCUAAUGCUGAUCAAGAUGACCAGAUUAAAAGCAUCCGCUUAACCAGGACUCGAUUGAGUAAUCCUUCCACGUUUGCAGAUCCCUCCACGGUUACAUUUGCAUUCACUACUCCUACUCCAAGACGUAGAAAGAAUGCAAAAGUUGAACUAGUGGUUCCGCCCAUCUCUCCAGAGUCUGUACAGCCCCCUUUCGCUCCUCAGUACAUCUUUUCUCCCCCUUCUCUGAGGUCAAGGAGGACAACCAGAAACUCCACUAUUGUAACAGAGAAAGAACAGGAUUUGAAGAUUCCAGAAUCCCAUGACAAAGAAACUGAGGUUCCUAAAGAACAAAUAUUAAAACGACCAAGGGGAAGACCUCCUAAACAUAAAGGAAACAAAGCAGGAAAGUCAGUAGGUAAAGCAACCUGGUCACCCCCAUCUGUAGAAAUUCAGCUUCUUUCGCCACCGGAAAGUCCAGAUGUCGACUCAGAAAAUACAAAGUCAGUAUCCACAGAAACCAAAGCAUUGAAUCAGAACCAACUGAGAAGAACCAGAAGAAGAAUAGUAUCCAUACCUGUAACACGCCGGAAGAUCAGAUGA